AUGGACAAACGGAUUUUAAUUGCCCUCGUGUGCCUCUGCCUGUGCGCUGUGGCCACUGCGCGGGUGCUGCCGAGGUACGGGGGCCCAGAGUAUUGGGUGACCAGGUUCAACAACGGAGGAAGGUUCUCUUUCCGCGGGUACGGGAAGUGCCCUAUAGGCUAUGUCAGGAGUCCAGCGUUCACCUGCGUAAAGUGCGAAUUAUACAAAGGCAUCACUGGAAGUUAUUGU